AUGGCGGAUAUCGAGAAAAUGUUCCGUCAAAUUCUAGUGCAUCGAAUAGACAACGAUUAUCAGCGAAUCGUUUGGCGACCGAAACCGGAUGGCCCAAUAGUCAGCUAUCGUCUUUUCACCGUUACAUACGGUACGACAUGCGCACCUUAUCUCGCAAAUCGCGUGCUUUUACAAUUAGCCGAGGAUGAAGGCAAUUCACUUCCCGACGCCGCCGACAUAAUACGCUACGCGACAUACGUCGAUGAUGUCUUAUUCGGCGCGGACACUCACGAUAAGGUGCGUAAUAUCCGUGCUCAACUCGUCACACUACUAAAACGCGGCGGGUUCACGUUACGCAAGUGGGCGGCGAACGAUGCUGCCCUCUUAUCUGACAUCCCCGCAGUCGGCCACGAUCUCGCGAUCGAUCUAUCUAAAGAGGACUCAACGGUAUUAAAGGUGCUUGGAAUCGUUUGGAUUCCCAAGGAAGACGCGUUUAGCUUCCAAGUGAACGAAGUACCAAAGGCUCGCAGUACUAAGCGUAACAUCCUCUCGCUAAUCGCUCGAUUAUUUGACCUCCUCGGAUGGGCCUCUCCUGUUGCCAUACAAGCCAAGAUGCUUAUACAGGAUUUGUGGCUUGCAAAAAUUGACUGGGACGAUGAAGUCCCUCCGCAGAUGCUCGAGACUUGGGAGACCUAUUGUCGCGAACUCCCCAAACUCGCAAAUUUAAGAAUUUCGCGCUGGAUUGGCUUCACCCAAUCUCAGAGCGCGAUUGAGCUGCAUGGCUUCGCAGACGCUUCGCUCCGCGCGUACUCCGCAGUCGUCUAUAUGCGCAUCUUAAACUCUCCGACCGACUUUUCGGUAUCGUUGAUAGCGGCGAAAUCUAAAGUCGCUCUACUGAAAACCGUCGCGAUCCCGCGCCUCGAGUUAAACGGCGUCGUAUUAUUAGUACGUCUCCUUGAAUACGUCAAGCAAACAUUCAAUUUUCAUUCAGCGACAGUGUACGGCUGGACCAACUCCACCGUCGCACUCGCGUGGCUCACCCAACAUCCGUCGCGUUGGAAGCCUUAUGUCGCUAAUCGAGUUUCCGAGAUCCAAGUAAAAAUGCCGGAAAUAAAGUGGCGUCAUAUACCCACGCGCGAGAAUCUCGCCGACUGCGCGUCGCGGGGAAUUCUAGUCGAAGAAUUAAUCAACCAUCAACUUUGGUGGUCGGGUCCCUCGUGGCUAAGUCAAAGUUCAAUUUUCUGGCCAAAUCCUCGACCGAUAGAUUCGCCAGAACGUCACAUCGAUGACACGGCCGUGCUUACAAAACAACGAUCGUCCGCGAAGAUGCACGUUGCGAAAGAUGACGAGAUGUGGCAGAUUCUUGUUCAAUUUUCAUCCUGGGGUAAGUUACUCCGAGUUACUGCCUUCUUAUUUCAUUGGUUGAGUAAAUACCGUGCUCGCCGACGUGACAAUAAGAUUCCGUCAAAUUUACAUUUCGCCGACCGGAUUCAGGAGGCUCGCGAUUUUUGGAUACGACAAGUCCAGAGGGAUCGUUUCGCCGUCGAAAUACGAACGCUACAAGCAAAUGAGCCACUUCCGCGAUCGAGCUCACUAAAAUCGCUCAAUCCGUUUCUCGAUGGAAAGGACCAGUUGCGUCUUGGCGGGCGGUUACGACAUUCAUUUAUUUCAUACAACGAACGCUUUCCGUUAAUUCUACCGCGCCAUCAUAUCAGCGAGCUAAUAAUCGAUCAAGCUCAUUUACGAUCGCUUUACGGAGGCCUUCAGUUAACCCUCCGAAUUCUACGCCAGAAUUAUUGGAUUCUUGGUGCGAGAUCGCUCGUCAAAUCUAGAUUAAAUCAAUGCAUCACCUGUGUUCGCGAACGCGCCAUUACAGCCAGUCAACCGAUGGGAGACCUACCGUCUCCUCGAGUCAAUCCGUCUCCGCCUUUUUCACACUGCGGAGUGGACUACGCUGGUCCCUUUCCAGUGAUCUCUUACGUGAGACGAGAUCAGAGAUCACGGAAAUACUACGUCACGCUGUUCAUCUGUCUCGCGACGCGCGCGAUCCAUCUCGAAUACGUCGACGAUUACGCUACUUCCGGAUUCGUCGCGGCCUUUAAACGUUUCGACGCGGUCUGUCGUCGGACGUCUAUAACGACAACGGGACGAAUUUCCAAGGUGCCGAUAAUGAACUUCGUCGCGCCUUUAUCGCCACUAUGA